GCCAUAAAGGAGACGCUCAAGAACAUUCUGGAUAUUCUACACCCUUCGACACCCUUCUUAGCUCAACCCUUCCUUGCUGUCCAUUUGCUCUACGCAUUCCAGCUGAUCAUAGAGUUGAGACACACAAAAGCCAUGGCCGAUGGUCUAUUCGGGUACCCUUUAAGGCGCCUUUUCUGGAGCCCUCCAGUGUUCCGUGAAUGGUCUGGAUCUACCGCUCUGAUGGAUUGGCUUGAAUCGCCAAGUGCUCACGUCUUCAAGAUCAACGUCCCAGGAUACAACAAAGAGGACAUAAAAGUGCAGGUAGAAGAUGGAAAUGUUUUGCAUAUCAAAGGAGAGGGUGUUAAAGAGGAGAGCCAUGCAAAAGACACUGUCUGGCAUGUAGCCGAGAGAGGGACAGGGAAAGGUGAUUUCUCUCGGGAUAUUGAAUUGCCAGAGAAUGUGAAGGUCGAGCAGAUCAAGGCCCAAGUCGAAAAUGGUGUGCUCACCAUUGUUGUCCCAAAAGAUGCCACUCCCAAGACAUCCAAAUUGCGAAACAUUAACAUCACUAGUAGACUUUAGGCUUCCAAUCAUGGCCUGCAAUUGCAAUCAAUGUUGCUUAGCUGUGUUUGAUGUUGUCAUUAAUGUUGUAAUAAUAAGUUAAUUGUAUGAUACAUAAACAAACUACAAAUAUGCUUUAUGAUUACAGUUUUUGUGCAAUUCUCUAUGUGAUGAGUUGAUGUUCUAUAUUUCUUCUACUUGUUAGCCA